CUCCCCUGCCCACUCAUGCUGCCUGUCCGACUUGCUUCCACCAUGCCUCACCUCCCUCGGGCCUGGACCUGGCCUGCACGUGCCCUUCCUAAUCUGUCUCCAUCUCUCCUCGCUCUCCCCUUCCAUUCCCCCCACCCCCUCCCACCCACUGGACCCUCUGGACUGGCAUCAGCAAAGGCCUGUUAACCAGCCCCACUUUCUUGCUCUAACUGAAACCAGGCUCCCCGCUGAAGACACCACUCCUAAUCCAACACGCCCCUCCUAAGCCCUUCACCCUCAGGCUCCAGGGCUGCUGGUGCUUGCCUCCAAGCUCGCUCCUUCCUACCGCAAACCUCUCCCAGGCCUUUAGAAGCCAAUCUCCUGCUUUUACCCCUCCACGCAGCAGGAUGUUGGCACCCUACUCUCCUCACUCCUGGCAAGGAAGAGGAAAUUUGGAUGUGGAUUGGGGAGGGACAACUGCAUGGAGACACAGGGAGAAGACGACCACCGCCCAGCCAAGGAGAGGCUCGAAGAAACCAGCACCGACACCUCCACCUUGCACUUCAGCCUCCAGAACUCAGACAACAGACGUCUACUGUCUGAGCCCCAGCCUGACAUUUGUCAGCGCAGCCCAAGGACACCAACACAGCCUGGGAGACUCUCUUCCCAGACGUCCCACACUGCCUUCUCCUCUCCACAUGGGUCCCAGCACAGGGCCCUCCACAGGGAAGCCUUUCCCAGACCCCUCUCCAGACAGCACCCGCUCCGGCACUGCUUUGCUUUGUCUUCCUCAGCAUUUGUCAUCAUGGCUGAAGCCAUCCCUCUGUGUCUGUCUCCUGCCACUCAGAUACUGGCCCUGUGGGGGCAGGGACCUGUCUCAUAUGCUGCUGUGUCCCCGGCACCUGCAGCGCCACAUGGCAUGGUGGAGAUGCUCCAUACACACUGGCUUCCCACACCACUGCCUGGCAGUUCCUCUGAUUCAUGGGGCUCCACACAGGCUGCUCCCUCUGCUGGGAUGCUCCUCUCCUGGCAGAAUCCCUACUCACCCAUCACCCCUCAACUCACCCCGUAAGGCCUUGGGCCCCUUCCCAAUGGCGUCGAGCCUGCCCUCUCUUCACCCCACAUCUUUCUCUCCACCACGGCCCUAGCCCUGGUGCACUGCAGGCCUCUCUGUCCCCCUGCCUCACACUAGAGGUCCACCAAGAGCGGGCACUGUCGCCCUUUUCACCCAUGUAUCUAUCCUCCAAGCCAAGCCAAGCCACAGCCUGGUAUAAACCGGGUUCCUUAAUCAGUGUGGACUGAAUUGGAUGCGCAUCCUUUCAGUCUUCAAAAGCAGGUGUGGGGCAGCGUGGCCGGAGAACAUGGUGGUGCAGUUUGUGGACAAUCUGAGGCAGCAGGGGAAACGUGUUUCCCCAACUUCCCCCCAGGAAAUUGUUUUUCAGUGGGAAGCGCAAUAAAAUUGCUCAAAGC